CCCCGCAGACCCGCGCACAUGAGCGCAGUGGAAAAGGCCAUGGCAGUCCUGCAGGACGCGAUCCAGGACCAGGACGCGCGCGCGCCUCCCCCAGGAAAGUACAAGAUCGAGUGAGUGGCCUUGAAUGUGUGGCGCGUGCGGCGGCUGGCGAGCGAGCUAGAGGGGAGCGAGAUUGCUUCGCCGCAUGUGCGCGCGCUGGCGCAGUGUUCUCGCGAGAUCGUGAGCGAUCAAUACAAUGUCGCGCCUGAUUCUCCGUGCACUUGCUUCGCUCCUUCUCCACCCCUUAUAUCCCACAACCCACAACAGCCACAAAGCACCACCCACUCACCCCAGCACCAACGAACUCAACGCACGCCUCCAAGCCUACAAGUGGGAGCAGGACACCCCGCGCUCUCCGUGCACACCUCGCACUCCGGCGUCACCUAUGCCCCCGUCGGCCGCGCGCUCUCGUCACUCGGCGCCACCGGAGCGCGGCCUCGCCUCGCCGUUCCGCACACGCGGCCACAGCCGGCACCCCACCAGCCCCCCUUCUCCCACCACAGACGUGUCCUACCUCCGCGGCGGGGGAGACACGCUCGGCCCAUACGACAGCAUAAGCGCCUACCAUCCCCCAAGACGGGGCGGGACGAACCAGGACGGCGACUCGGACACGGAGCGCCCGCGCAGCCGCCAGAGCCGGCACACCCGGCGGCCCUCGCGCUCCGCCACACCCGUCCCGCAGAGCUAUACCUCGCGCGCGGCGAUGACUCCCACCAAGCCCCGAAGCAGGAGCCGGAGCCGGAGCCGGAGCAGCUCCCCGACUCCGUCGGGACACGAAAAGUUUGAGCAUCCCGGCCGCAGUACCGAUCCCACAGACGAGGCCGAGUACGAGGCCGAGUACGAGCCGCACGGCCUCCAGUUUCGGUCGAUGAAGGCGCACCGCGCCGCCCUCCUCGCCGCGCAGCACAGGCGGGCGGAACGCGUCGUGGACGCGCAGGACGCGCGCGAUGCGGACCAAGCCGCCGCCGUGGCGGAACAGCUCCGCAACAGUCUCCAGCUCGCGCAGUCCAACGACCGGCUACAGGCGGCCGAGGCGGCCGUGCGCGACCUGCAAGCGCGGCUUGUCGUCGAAAAGCUGCGGACGGGACAAGUCGAGCGGCGCGCCGCCGAGGCCGAGGCCAAGCGCGCCGCGGACAAGGCAGAGCUCGCGGUCGCCGUCAGCAUUUUGCGGCGCGUGAAAGACGACAAACGGCGCACGGAGGAGGAGCGGCGCCGCGCGCUCCGCGCUUUCGAGGAGGCGAAGAGCCGGUGAGUCCGUCCCGCAGCAGGCUGAUCCAGCCUCGUACGAUACCACGAAGAGAUCCGCGUGCGGGACGCACGCCGCGUCGGGCACCAGGAGGGGCGCACGGAGGCGUUUGAAGAGGC